CGCUGAUGAGAAAGCGCUCCUGGAAGGUCAAGGUUUUAAGUGAGUUUCUGCCAGAUGAUGAGCGUCUGCUGGGUUUGAACAUCAACAAGACGUUCAAGAUUUGUGUGCGUCUACGGUACACUCAUAAUCCGGGCACAUUCCUCCCAAUCGAGCAAUGCGUCGACACGCUUUUGCAUGAGCUCUCGCACAUCAUCUUUGGCGACCACGACUCGAACUUCCACGCCCUCUGGGAUGAGUUGAGAGAUGAUCACGAAACGUUGGUCCUCAGGGGGUACACUGGUGAAGGUUUCCUGACUGGUGGCAAGAAAUUGGGUGGUGGUCCCGUGCCUCCACAGCAUGAGAUGAGGAGAUUGGCACGCGCAAACGCAGAGAACCGCCGUGUACUUCAGAAGGGAUCUGGUAGGACGGUUGGAGGGAAAAGAGCACCUCAAGGAACAGAUCUGCGUAAAAUUCUGGCGGACGCAGCAGAUCGAAGGGCCACAAUCGAUCGCGGUUGUGCAUCUGGUACUGCCCAAGCCGACAAUCUGGCGCAACAAGCUGGCAGACACACCUUCAAGACUAAGGCGGAGGAAGACGACGCUAACAAUCGUGCCAUUGCAGAGGCCUUAUUCGACUUGAUCGAGGAAGAAGAAGCUCAGAAGAUGAAGGGCACGUUCAGUACACCUUCGCCUACUGGUGGCUUGACAUGGUCUAAGGAACAUGGACUCGCCGCACCCGGUUCAGACUUGUUCGACAACGAUAUGUCACGAAGUGAGGAAGAACAGAUGAGGUGGGCAUUACAAGAGAGUCUGAAGGGUCGCCGAUCUCGAAAAUGUCCACUAUCAGUAGACCACGAGGACGUUCAGAUUCUCGAACAGCCGCCUCCGUUGACAAAAGGAUCACUUGAGGCAGUUGCUAGAAAAGGUACGCCAUUCAUUGAUUUGACGCAGGAUGAUGAAGAUGAAGUACUAGCCAGGCCGCCCAAGACGCAUACGCCGUCCGUGCCUGACAACAGCUGGACGUGCCGGAGAUGCACCUGCAUCAACUUACAGACAUAUCUCGUUUGUGAUGCUUGCGGUGGUGAGCGUCCGGCCUUCAUGGCCCAGACCUCUGGCUCCACCAACGUUGUUCGCAAGGACGGCACGCAUACUACGCUCGGGGAGAAGAAGACACCCAAGGAACGAACACCAGGAUGGCUUUGUCGUGAGUGCGGCACCUUCGUCGAGCACAAGUGGUGGUGUUGCACGCUUUGCGGUCUCAUGAAAGAUCGCUCAUGAAGACGAUACGGCAAAAGAACACAGAUGAGACAUGGUGACUUGCCUAUGACGGUUUACUCAACGGCCCGCUGCGCCCUCGAAGACGCUACGCCAAUUUCUGUGCCUCGACAACGGACACUAUCGCUCUGCAUGCCUGCAAAAUUAUUUAGCAGUCUCCUACACGUAUCUUGAGGGUGUAUUGGUGAAUGUGUUGAGCAAAGUUCGCAGAUGAUCUUCACACCCGGCGACCCGUCCGCACUCACCCACACGAAGCCGGCACUUUGCUGGUAGCUAUAACAAGUAAAACAUGUGUUUCAGUAUUCGAAAUGCGGUCGUAUCUGAUGACCAAAACUGUCGUCGCAACCUAGAACUAGAUGCCAAAAAAUUAAGGCUUCCAGGCCGGGCGUUAC